AUGGACUACGAAGCGCUCAAGGACCAAUGGAGCGAUGUCGAGGAUCGCGAUGGCAUCAGACUCAGUUGGAACACGUUUCCAAGCUCCCGCAUGGAAGCCUCCCGCCUGGUCGUCCCCAUUGGUGCCGUCUAUACCCCCCUCAAGGAAAAGGUCGAUGCUCCAUUGCUACAAUACGAACCAGUGACUUGUAAACAGCCUUGCCGGGCUGUUCUCAACCCCUAUGCCAAUGUCGACGUCCGAGCCCGGAUUUGGAUAUGCCCCUUUUGUCUUAUGCGCAACCCUCUUCCUCCUCACUACAAGGAUAUUACGGAAAAUGCGAUACCCCCAGAACUUCACCCCCAGAGCACUACGAUCGAGUACCAAUUGGCACGUCCCGCUCCCGCACCCCCGAUCUUCGUGUACGUCGUUGAUACCUGCCAAGAGGAAGAUAGCAUGAAGGCUUUGAAGGAUUCUUUGAUCAUGAGCUUGUCAUUGCUGCCGCCUAAUGCGUUGGUUGGAUUGAUUACAUUUGGUACAAUGGCACAAGUCCACGAGCUCGGAUACACCGAGUGCGCCAAGUCGUAUGUGUUUAGAGGAAGCAAGGAUUACGCUGCUAAGCAAGUUCAAGAGAUGCUUGGUCUUCUUGCGCCUGGCUUGCGCCCGAACAUGCCCCAGCAGCCCGUCCGCCCGCCUCUUGGUCCUGCGGCACGAUUCCUCCUCCCCGUUCAGCAAGCCGAAUUCCAGAUCACCAACGUCCUCGAACAGCUGCAGCGUGACCCAUGGCCAGUUGCGAACGACAAGCGAGCACUCAGAUGUACCGGUGUUGCCCUCAGUGUUGCGGUUGGUUUGAUGGAGACUUCCUUCCAGAAUGCCGGUGGCCGCAUUAUGGUCUUCACAAGUGGUGCUGCUACCGAGGGUCCGGGCCAUGUUGUUGGACCCGAGUUGAAGGAACCGAUCCGUUCUCACCACGACAUUGAUCGGGACAACAUCAAGUACUACAAGAAGGCCGUUAAGUUCUAUGACAACCUGGCCAAGCGCGCUGCGGGUAAUGGACAUGUCGUCGAUAUCUUUGCCGGAUGUCUUGACCAAGUUGGUCUUCUGGAAAUGAAGAACCUCUCCAACUACACUGGUGGUCAUAUGCUUCUCACAGACAGCUUUACAUCCUCCCAAUUCAAGCAAUCUUUUGUCAGAGUGUUUGACAAGGACGCAAAUGACAACCUACUCAUGGGCUUCAAUGCAUCGCUUGAGGUUCUCACUACCAAGGAGCUCAAGGUCACAGGACUCAUUGGUCAUGCAGUUUCAUUGAACAAGAAGUCUAGCUCCGUCGGCGAGACAGAGUGCGGUAUCGGCAACACUUGCGCGUGGAAGAUGUGCGGAAUUGACCCUGCUUCAAGCUACGGUGUUUACUUCGAGAUCGCAAACCAGGGCGGGCCUGCAGCCGUACAACCAGGUCCUCAAAGAGGAAUGAUGCAGUUCCUGACUUACUACCAGCAUGCUUCCGGACAUUACCAUCUCAGAGUCACAACUGUUGCACGGAAUCUGAGUGGCCCUGCCGGUGACCCGACACUCGCCCAGUCGUUCGAUCAAGAAGCCGCUGCCGUGCUUAUGGCGCGUAUUGCUGUUUUCAAGGCGGAGGUUGAUGACGGUCCUGAUGUGUUGAGAUGGGUUGACCGCAUGCUCAUCAGGCUCUGCUCUCGCUUUGCGGACUACCGCAAGGAUGAUCCGACAUCAUUCCGCCUCGAGAAGAACUUCACCCUCUACCCUCAGUUCAUGUUCCACCUCCGGAGAAGUCAGUUCUUGCAGUUCUUCAACAACUCGCCUGAUGAGACAGCUUUCUACAGACAUGUUCUCAACCACGAGGAUGUUGGUGACUCCCUUAUCAUGAUUCAGCCCACGCUGGAUUCGUACUCUUUGGAGCACGAGGGAAGCCAACCGGUUCUUUUGGACUCGGCUUCUAUCCAACCCUCCCACAUUCUUCUCCUGGACACCUUCUUCCACAUUCUUAUCUUCCACGGAGAGACAAUCGCGGAAUGGCGCAAGGCUGGCUACCAGGACCAAGAGGGCUAUGAGAACUUGAAGGUGCUUCUCGAAUCGCCCAAGGAGGAUGCUAGGGAACUGAUUGCCGAUCGAUUCCCACUGCCCCGUUUCAUUGUUUGUGAUGCUGGUGGCUCCCAGGCACGUUUCCUUUUGUCCAAGCUCAACCCCUCCACAACACACACAUCAGGAGGGUACGGCGGCGGUGUUUCAUCUCAGACCAUUUUCACCGAUGAUGUCUCGCUGCAAACCUUUAUGGAUCAUCUGAUGAAGUAA